CCUUCCUCAUCAUAAUCGAGGUCUAGUCCUCCCCUUCAUCCGCGGAGCUCCUGUGCAAUGCCCGCUGGCUCCUGUAGUCCAUCAGCAGCCGAGGACUGUGCACCAGAGUUGUCUGAUAGACUACAUUGUCCUGAAUCCACCGCGCCGCACAGAUGAGGGCAGUGACGCAGGGUGUUCUGCCAGGACAAUCGAUCUUGUGCGCUGGAAGUUUGCCCUGGAGCGCGCGGCGGGGGGAGGACACGUUCCAGCUUCGUUAGAGGAAGCGCCCGGUCAAAUGCAACCAUUAGUUUGCCUUCAAAACGCCAGGCUGCCACUUGAAAUGGAUAGAGACGGCGCUGCUGGUCAAGGCGAAGACUGCGAGGCCGUGGAGCGCAGUAACCCAUCCAGUCCCGGCGAAGUCCUACUGGAUGCAUUCUUGAAGAACCAGGGUCUUUAUCGAAAGAGAAUUGCCAAGGAUGGCUCUUGCCUUUUUAGAGCUGUUGCUGAACAGGUCUUCCAUACGCAAUCUGAACAUCUUGAAGUGCGAGGAGCUUGUGUUUCUUACCUGAGGAGGAACCAAGAACAAUUUGAAGCGUUCAUUGAAGGAUCAUUUGAUGAAUAUUUGAAGCAACUUGAGAAGCCACAGGAAUGGGUUGGACAAGUAGAAAUCAGUGCGCUAUCACUCAUGUACAAGCGGGAUUUUAUAAUUUACCAGGAACCAAAUAGACCUCCUGCCCGAGUUACUGAAAAUGGAUUUCCGGACACGGUCUCGUUAUGCUUUUCAAAUGGAAACCAUUAUGACAGUGUCUAUCCUCGGAAAUUUGUAGAUGCUGCAGCUCUUUGCCAAUCCAUUCUCUAUGAAAUGCUAUACCAGGAUGUACUAAAAAUUGAUGUUGAGCCCGUGAUAUCAGCACUGGAUGCAAACGGCAAAACAAAUGAGCAUGUCGAUUCCAGUGAAGAUUCUGAUUCUGGCGCCGAAAUGGAAUUGCAUCGGGGCAAAGCUGCCGAUGAGAGUGACAUGAGUGGAUUCAAGUCCCAGUCGUGUAAUAAAGUCCGAAAGAAGCAACGAAAGAAAAGUGAAAAUGCAGCUCAGAAUCCCUUUCCUGGCGAGGUCCUCCGAGCGUUCAACCCGAAUGUUUACAGAAAUAUUGAGUACGAAGUUUGGCAGAAAUCAAAGCAAGCGCAGCAGGAAAGGGAUUACUCUAUUGCUGCUGGCAUGCAGUACGUUGUUGGGGAUAAAUGCAAGGUCUGUUUGGAUAAUGGUAAAUACUACAGUGCACACAUUCAGGCAAUCAGCCCUGACAAUGGACCAGUUGACGUCUACAUAGAAGAACUAGGAGAAAAACACAGUGCCCUUCUUCAGGACCUUCGGCCACUUACUCAAGGCUCUCAAAGGGCAACCUGGAGCAGAGCGCAAGGAAAAAGAGCCAAGAAGCCAACGAAUGUCAAUUCUGAGGCUGACUUCAGGGGAGUGAAGAAUUCGAGCAGUUUUGUAAGUAGGCCGAACCGCUUCCAUUCAAGUUUACCACCACGUCUGCAUCCAGCCAGACAGCUAAACUCUACACUGCAGAAUCCAGAACAACAGCCCAAGGUGCCAUCGCCAGAGUACUUAGAGCGAGUGGAGGACUUCCCACAACUCUCAAAAAAAUAUGAUCGAAGGCUAGAAUCUAAUCAGACAAAAGUAGCAAAUAAAGACGUUAGUCCAUCAGUCAAGGUUGAUCCAGGGCCAAAUGAAGCGCAAGUGUCAACUAAUACCACCCCGCGAGUGGAGAAAUCUCUACCUGCUUUGGAUAACCCAUUGGAGAAGACCUCUUCUCACACCAGGACGGAACAGGUAGAUCCGAUUCUCCAGGUGGAUCUCCAAACACAAUCAUCAUCUUCUUCUCCAACAUCAGAAAAUCCACCUGUGGUUCCAGUACAUCUGCCAAGUCCACCAGCUGGGAAUUCAUCACAGACGACCAUUCCACCUGUAACUCCAUCAUCUGUAGUGACCACCGGUCCAGCAGUAUCACAGGUUCCAAUGUCCUCGGUCCUAAUGAAGCCACUCUGUGCUCCUUUCCCCGGACCUAAUCUGCCACUCAUGUCGGCACCUCAGCUUCCAAUCCCAUAUGAUCUGUUGUACCCUGGAUUUGCCCUGAAUGAAAGGGGAGAGUGCCCCACCAGUGCACCAAUGCAUUCAUAUGACAAAAGUGGAGCAGAUCUUCCAGAGGAUAAAAGCAUCCUGCGCUUUUUCUACAACCUUGGUGUUAAGGCUUACAGUUUACCAUUGUGGCCACCAUAUUCGUAUCUACAUCCACUGACCCAGGCUUAUUUGAAAAAUUGUGGAAUGUACCCUGGUUGUCGUGCUCCAAUAUUCCCUGCAAAUCCUCAGUUCCAGGCAAUGGCUGGGCGUGUGCAGAAUGAGAAUGUAGGAGGUCCAUUGCAAACAUCAAAUCCUCAGUUCCAGGCAAUGGCUGGGCGUGUGCAGAAUGAGAAUGUAGGAGGUCCAUUGCAAACAUCAAAUCCUCAGUUCCAGGCAAUGGCUGGGCGUGUGCAGAAUGACAAUGUUGGAGCCCCGCUGCAAACAGCAAAUCCUCAGGAAAUCAACGCUCUUCCACAGUCAGACGUUGGUGAUGACAGCAACCAUUCAUUAUCACCGCAAUCAACUACUAGACAACUGCCUCACAAAAAUAAAUCUGUUCCAGUAUCGGCAAACCCUGGACUACCCCCUCAACAUUUUAAUCCUCAUUUCCCAAGUCAUUUUCCUCACUUUUUAUCAGAUGGAGCACAGCUUUCUGGGUGGGCAGCACCUCCACCCUCGAGUUUAAUUACCCAGAACCCGUACAUGCAUGCUUUCAGUUUUCAUCCUAUGUUCAUGACUGCACCGGGACAAGUAUACCCAAUACAAAUAAAUGGAGGGACCUCUGCCUGCAUGGUUGAUCAGAAGAUCGGUGCACCAGAUCAAUGUGCACAGAUAUCUGAUAAUGCUGCAAGCCCCAAAUUAGAAGAAGCUGAGAGGCCACCACUAGAGUUCAGCCAGGCUGGAGAGUGUAGGCUUUCUCAGGUUGAGUCUUUCAAAGAUCCUCGACUAGUUACUGAGACUGUUGGUAGCGUCGUAGACUUGUCUCCCUCUGGUUCUGAGCAGCAAUCAGCUCCUGGCCCCCAGGAAGAAUGUGUAAAUCAAAACCCAGUCCUUGGAGAAAUGAAACCAGAGAAAGCAAGCUUAAUUUCUUCUGCAGGGCUUUACAGUGAAGAUACAAGGAAUAUUCAGCCACAAGAUUGUGCAAGUCAUUCAGAAAUUGAUAGUCAGUUCUCAGAGGCAAAAUCCAACAGCGAUUUAGCUUCUCAAAGCGUUGAAGAAUCAAAAGUUGAUACUGUUAAACAAUCUGUAGCAGACACCUCCACAAAUCAGAAAUCCAGGAAUAAUUAUAAAACACCCGACACCUUGUGCAACAAACAUGCACAAAUUCACAAACGAACAAGAGGGAUGAACUACAACAUAAAGGAUAGCCCUUCAGAAAAGAAUGCACUUCGAGGCACUCCAUACAUCCAUAGGAAAGGAGAAAGGGAAAUGAACAGGAAAGAUAAAUCAGGCAAGCAGUGGCCAAGAGAUACAAGUCACUUACAUGAUAGCAAUAUUGACAGGACCAGUCAAGCAGUCUCAAAAGGAGAGAGCCAACCACCUACUAAAGACCGAUUUGUAGAGCAUAUUUGUUUGGGUGGGCAAGAAAACCUACGGAUAAAAGUAGAAAACCCAAGGCACUAUAUGAGUGAGAACGCACCAUGCGAAGAAACUUAUCUUGUCAAUAGGAGUGAUGGUGAUGCAAAACAGUUUCAGAAUCAAGUGGUUGUGGAAGAUACCAGUGGUAUAACGCAUGAAGGAAAACGCAGUAGUUCUAGAAAACAGAAAUAUAAAGAUAGUGGGAAGUCUAAUACUUAUACAAGAAAAUGAUACAAGAUAUAAUUACUAAUUUAACAUUGCGAUAACUGGAAAGGUUUUUGAGGGGAUUUAACAAAUUUAUGUUCUUAAGGGUCAGAGGGAGAGCACUCUGAAAAAAUGUAUUCCAUUUUAGUACCACGCCUGUCUUUACCCUGCAUAUUGGUCUUGUAUCUAAUUGCUAUUUGAAAUUCAUGUGAAAUGUUUAUUCAUUACUCUUUCAGCAGUCGCUGCUCUUAAUCUUUUGAUCAUUUUGUCGCAGUUUAAAUCUGUGUCCUUGUUACCGAUUCAUUUCCUGUAGAAACUGAUAUGAAAUACUUCAUGAUUUUGAACACAGUACCUCGAUUAGAUUUCCCAUAUUGUAAGCAAAUGAGCACUGAGGCUCCACGAGGGUCUGUACCGAAGAUGCAACUGUUACAAUAUAAAUUAAUGCCUGAUCAUACUAUAUAGUGCCAAGUGCACAAGGAUGGCAAUAAGAAGUUUGUAAUAUUGUAAGUAGAAUUAAUAUAGUUAUGGCAUAAAAUUACAAAGAUCGGGUAUCAGAUAGAUUUCAACCCAAAAGAAAAAUAAUCUGUAUUGUCUCAGAAUAGGUUAGGAUUUAAAUGAUUUGGAGAUUUAUGUAUUAGUAAAAUGUAGCAGUAAUAUUUUCUCACAUUAGGUGAUGUUUCUCACAUAAGUAAUGUUUUCUCACAUUUGGGAUGGAAUAUACAUUUUGAAUGUCACUGUUGAAUAUUCCCAUCACGUAUUUUCCAAGGAUAGAAGGGUCUCAUUUGAGUGUGGCACAGGGUUCACUAGUAAAUUGAGGAGUACAAAGGUUGGAUUAAAUUAAGUGAUCACAUUAACCAUUGUUUCCAGGUAUGGGUUCCAAGAUUUUAUAAUUAAGAUCUUAAAAUAAGAUUGAUAGAUUUGAUCGAAACAUUUUGAUGGAUGGGUGUAGGGUGAGGUGUUAAAUCAAACAGCAGGACAUUGAGGGUAUACAUUAAAUAUACCUAGGAGUGUGUGGAAAUCGUCCACAAUAAGCCAUAUGCCAACACCAUUAGUAAUUGAGGCUGAGAUGAUUUUUAUCUUCAUCUUAACUAGAUAUUGUGUGAAGGCCUAUUACGCUUAUUUCAUGUUUCCCAGCCUUAUCUGCUCUCAGGAUUUGGGACAUUAAGCAAAUCAUGAUCUGCCCUCUAGAAAGUCUGAAAAAAGGUCCUGAACGGAAACAUCAUCUAUCCAUUUUCUCCAGUGAUGCUGCCUGGCCUCCUGAGUUGCUCCAGCACUUUCUAUCUGUAUUUAAUAGAAUUACUUACCUCUUGAGAUUAACCUUCCACUACUUAUGGUUCCGUUGAUUUUCCUUAGCCAUUGUUUUGAAGCUAAGACCUCAUGAACUAUAAACCUUUGUUCUUUUCCCAUCUUCGCACCAUAAAAGUGUAGUAGUUUUUUAACUUUCCCCAUAAUUGGAGGAUUUUUGUGCCCGUUGUACAGAAUUCUGCAUGCAACCUUUUCCAAUGGUUGUAUUAAUGCUUUUUGCCAAAUCAUCUUUUCAGCACUACCUUGUGCCUUUACAUUGGGAUGCCAAAGUCUACCUCAGUUAACUUAGUAUUGCUUAAUGGCGCAUAUUUCCCUGACAAUUAUUGAUCACUGUCUUGACCUAACAGCCUACAAAUGUUAUGGUAUUCCUGUCAAACAUGAACCCCCCCCGCCCCAGUUUUACCAACUGUUUCUUAAAUACACGAGUACAUCUACCAUAUUUAACUGGACUGAAGAAGGGUCCUGACCUAAAAUAUCACCAAUCCAUAUUCUCCACAGAUGUUGCCUGACCAUCGUUACCCCAGCAUUUUGUCCUUUACUACCUUCAUCAGUUAUUUCAGCCUCAGUUUAAGGGACAGAUGUGACAUGAAACACAUGAUUAAGGUAAUUAAAAUACAGAUUUUGUCUUUUACACAACACAUGCCCCAGUGACGUUUGCUGUUAUUUUUGUUGCGAUUCUCAAGCCUCAUGGUGGCAAGGUUUUUAUAAAUUUGGGUAGUCAGCCAUUUGUUGUGAAGUGUUCAUUCUCUGACGCUUUACAAUCGAUGUGAAAGUUAAAACCUUCAAAUGACCUUCAAUCACAGAGUCAGUUCAGGAAUGAAAAGUUAAAACAUUUACACUAGAUUGUAAAGCAAAUAUUUGCAGGGAAAGAUUUCAAUCACAGAACAUUGUAUUUUAUGAGUUCACCGUGAGCUAGCAGUAAUCUCCAUCUCACAACACUACAAAAGGAGACUAGGUUCCUUUUACAAGUGUCUUUGGCCCAGUGAUGAAUUUUAAUUAUUUGUUUUAUGGGUACUGGGCUAUGUGGUUGUAAUUAUAUUCAAUGUAUAGGCACUAACCCAGUCUGCAUAUUUAAACAAUCAAAUAUAUAUCAUAGGUUGCCAUUUUCUCCUUUAUACCUUUGCUGUACUGCCCCACGGGCAAGGUACAAUCAUGCACCUUCGAGAACAUCUUAAUUAUUCAACUGUGGCACACUUUGGCCCUGCAUCAUCCUCUAAAUAUUAUCAUUCUGCAAUUUGUAGUAAUUUGUUCUUUAUAUUUCUAAGUGACUGUACCUUAAUUAAGGCUAUUUUAAAUAUGACUAAAUUUGUCUGUGCAUUUCCAAAACCAGAAUUUUUAAUUUGUUCUAUAAUUGCAUAGCAUUACAAUGAAUGUUCUAUUUUUUAAUGACAGAAGAUGCUAACAUAGUUACUGUAAAUUUUUGGCAGGGAUUAAAUUGCACUGGCAAUAAUACAUGGUGAAAAUAUAUACCGAUGGGAGUCUUGUUUCAAUUAUGAUAACUAUUACUUUUAUUGUGGGAACACAUCCAAAUUAUACACUUCUGGGCACAAUGACAGACUUGUGGACAGUAUAUGCAUGACUUAUUUCAGUUUGGCAUAGAUAUAAACAAAAACAAACUUUUAUCCUUUAUUUAUUGACCAGUUUUCAGUUGGAGAUGUGUUAGCUUCAUAAUACCUAACCAUGAUACAUUGUUUGCUAUGAAAUGCAAAAGGGAAUAUAAUAUAUUCCAGAUUGGAUUUUUUGUAUAUUUCAAACCAUAUUUUGAAUGUGCAAUUGUGUAAAUACUUCAUUUUGUAUUCUUGAUGUGUGAAGAAUUUGAAACUAGUGCCUUGCAUAAUAAAAUAUCUGCCUUGUAACAAUA